AUGUAUUGGAUAUUUAAAUAUAUAUUUGUAUUAUGUUUAGCAUUAUGGAUUAGUUAUUAUCGUCAAUGGGUCUCAAAAUUGAAUCGAACUCGUACGAAAGGUUUAUCUGAUAUAUCAACUUCAUCUUUGAAUAUUACCGAUGGAUAUUAUUUUUAUAAUCGUUCAGAACAAAAUCAAAAUGCUUAUUUAGAAUUUAAACAUACUGUAUAUAAACAAGGACUUUGUGGUAAUCUCGAAAUUCCACCGUUAAAACGACCAUGUACUCCCUAUAUACACAUACAUCCUUAUCAAAUAGAGAAAUUUAUACUUCUUCAAGGUCAAUUAUCUUAUCAGUUAGGUGACAAAAUAUAUUCUUGUAAUAUUCAUACAUGUCCAUCACCUAUUAUUAUUCCACCACUUGUUCCACAUACAUUUUGGAUGAAUGAUAAUAAAGAAGAUCUUAUUUUAAUUGUUCGUAUUGAACCCACAUAUAAAACUCAUGGUCUACGAGCAGAAUCAUUUGAAAAUAUUGUCGGCACUCGUCGUGAUGAAUAUAUGAAUAUUUGGCAAGCAUUUGUAUUUAUUGAUAAUAUUGAAAGUUAUCCUGUACGUUUACCAUUGUUUUUAACAAAAUUAUUGAUUAAAACUGGCUCAUUAAUUGGUCAACUACUUGGUUAUCAGAUAGAAUAUGAAGAAUAUACAACAAGAAAUUUUUAA